AAUUUUGGUCACACUGACAUUGUGCUGCAGUUGCUAGAAAAAUAUUAUUUUUUUGUAGGUUUUACUUCUCUUUAUGUUGUAACAACUCGGCAAAAAGCAACAAAACCCAACAUUUAAUGCACACACUUUAUAACCAGCACAUUUGCCAACAUGGAUUGCAAUCUGGGCAGCGAAAUUGGUCAGAAGAUGCGCAGUGCCGUAAAGGCGAAACUGCUCGAGUUAGGCACUGGCGGCUCUGCCGGCUUCAUCGACGACGAGCUGCCCGACUAUGUUAUGGUAAUGGUGGCCAAUAAACGCACCAAACAGCAAAUGAACGCAGAGCUAAAUCUGUUCCUCGGAGAUCAGACGGAUCUCUUCGUAACAUGGCUGCACGAAGUUCUUCAAAAGCUGCAGGAAGUCACGCUGCCAGCAUCAAGUGCUGGCAGUAAGAAACGCAAAUCACGUCAAGCCGAGGCGCCCAAAGCAAAGGACAAAGAGAAGGAUAAGGAUAAGGACAAAAGAGGCAAGGACAAAAGGGAUAAAAGGGCGCACAGAAAAUCCGGCGACGACUUGCCUAAUACAUCAGUUGAUAUUACAAAAAGAUCAGCAGACUCAAUGCCGGCAAUUAACUCCAUAACGGAUGUCUUUGCCGAGGAGCUACUGGAAAAAGCUAAAAAGACGCUCGAUAUGGAUGGUAGCCUGAAAGAUGAGCUGCUGCUCAAGAAGAAAAAACGCAAAGCAGCAGAAGAUGAUGAGCAACCGCAGCCGCAGCCACUACUACAGCCGACAACAAAAGAUUUUGAUGUACCAACCGUAUCAGAAAUUAGCUCAACUACCACCAGUGGCAAUCGGGAGAAGGAUAUUGCUGAAUUGGCCGAAAUUCAGCGUAAAAUCUACGCGGCCAAGCAGCAUUUGCGCCAGAUUGGUGAGCUGGACGAUGAUGAAAGUGAAGAGGAUGAAGGCCAACAGCUUGUCGAGGAUGUGCUAAGUCUCAACGAGCAGGAUGAAUCUGUUGCCCAAGAUUCCACUGCUGCUGUUACGGAAGCAGCCAACGCCAGUACGAGCACACGCCGAGCAAAAAGUCCCAUUGUGUUUAAUAGGACGACCGAACCUGUGGUAGCUAGAGAAAAACCAAAAUCCCAAACUGAAACAACAUCCCAGCAAAAGUCUAGUGAGGAGCGUUCGGAGCGUCGCUCCGUGCACGAGCGUUUAGGCUGCAAGUCCCAAUGUCCACAGCAGCCACAACAGCAGUUAACGCCUCCGGAGCGUCCACAACGCGUACAAAAGGAGCUAGAGCUUUAUGUACCAGCUCAUCGCCGUCGCAGCGAGCAGCAGCAGGAGGAGAGCAAGAAAUUUGAACGUGGCAGAGAACGAAUUCAUCGCAACGAUAGUCAGCCGAGUCGCCGGCGAGAGAGAGACACGUUGCGCAGUCGACGCACACCUAGCCGAAGUCCCGAAUCCAACUUCAAGCAUCGCAUUGGGUCGCGUGUGAUUGUGGCAGUUAAUAAGCCGCCGGAGCCGUCCGACGAUGAGGAUCUGCUGGAGAAGCCCGUUAAUUCGGUUAUCAAGAUUAAGCCACGGCCACAGGUUUCGCCGCGGCGCCAAGCCUGCAAGAAUCUGCUGCUUCGAGCCGUUGCCGAUGCACAGCGAUCCACGAUCUUGGCCAAAACGACGGUAACGCCGGCAACAGCUGCUGUUGAGGCGUUAAAGCAACGAGGUACUGGAGACGAGCCCGAGCUCAUCAGUUCCACGUUAGGCAAACGGCGCUCAAAUGAUUCAAGUGGAAGUGGAGCUGGAAGAGAGCUGUUCCGGCGCAGCAGGCGGGAACUGGUGGUCAAUGUACUGCACAGAGAUAGCAAGCGGAUGCGUCACUCGGCCGAGCCACAUGCUGAAAUCAAUCUGGUGGCAGAGGAGCUGGAGGAGGAGUAUGUGCCCAGCUUGAGCGUUGGAAACUAUGAGGCUUAUGUGCCACAGCUGGUACACAACGAUGCGUCGAAAGUGGACAUGGAUAUUGACAUGCAUGUGGAAAAAAGUGCCGGAAACGUUAGUGGCUCCACAGCUGGUGUAUCCAAAACACAAUUUGUAGUGACGCUGAAUGGUGAUAAAUCUUUGGGAAGUGUCCCUACUGCUGCCUAUCGGAAGCGUCCACGUAAACGCACGCCUUCCCCGCAAGUAUCCUCGACCAGUUGCACAACAGUGCAGUUACUGAGCGCUGAGCCAACCUCAACGACCUGCACUUCCUCAACAAACAACAACAACAGUAGGCGUAACAAAUCCAAACGGGCGCGCAGCUCGUCGCGGUCUUCCCCUUCCACAUCGAGCAAUACGCCGCCACCAAAGCCGUCGCGCAGUCUGCUUCGCAGCGAGGUGCUGAGACAAGCGCCGGAAAUCAAGAAGAUCAUCAUUAAGAAUGACGCUGAAGACGAUGAGGAGGAGCAGCAGUUGCCUGCAUCGCCGCGUAAGCAUGGUACCCAAAAGCGACAGGGCAGCAACUCCAACAUGACCGCCUCUUCCUCCAAUGACCUUAAGGCAGACUCAAAAGUUCAGCCAGAGGAGAGCAAUCGCUCAACUACGCCACCACUGCCACCAAUGCGGCUGCAGAAACGCGAUAUUAGCCGUGAGAAAUCAACAGCGGCGACUGCGGCUGCAACUCCGGCGACAUUAGAGGCGCCUGCAAAGGCCAAGCACACGCCCAUACGCUUCAAGCUUAAGACGGAGGAGGAGGAGUUGCAGCCGGUAAAGAAACGUCGAUCCGGCAGCAAAGAGCGUGAAUCGUCCAUGGAACGACGGCGAAUCUCUAUACGCAAUGCGGAAGAUCGAAAGUACGAUAAUUUGCCGGCAUUAAGCGCCGUCAGUGUGGAUUCAACGGUUUUAAAGGUGACGAAACCAAAGGAGCGCUGCAAAUACCAUCCCAAUUGCAGCAAACAAUUUUGCGAAUAUUAUCAUCCAUCGGCACCAUGCAAAUCCUUUCCCAACUGCAAAUUUGCCGACAAGUGCAUGUAUUCGCAUCCAAAGUGUAAAUUCGAUUUGGCCUGCAUGAGCAUCGACUGCAACUUUGCGCACAGUGGCAACCGGGAUCUGAGUCACGUGCAGCUGGCGGCGCCGCCUCUGUCCUCGCAUGUCAUACCUGUGCAAAAUUACAAAUCAAUAUCCGCACCGGUGACGGCGACCACAGCAACCACCAUGUGCAAAUAUUAUCCCAAUUGCACAAAGGCGGGCUGCACCUUCUAUCACCCAAAGCCAUGUCGUUAUGGCAAGAACUGCAUUAAUAAGCUGGAGUGCAUAUUUUAUCAUCCGGAGAUGCAAAGCAAAUUUAAAUGGGUGGCGUCACUGGGCUGAGGAUAACUGCUCGAACCAGCGCUCAUUUUCAUUAGCAUUUUUUUAUUUAGCAGAUUGCACA